UUCAGUAGCUCAGCUGGACUGUCAUCUCACCAUGUUUUUCCAAUGGAAACUGGUCAUAUUGAUACUUGCACUGAGUCUUGAGGGUCAAGCUUGUGCAGGAGAAAUCUCUGGAGGCCACGAGGCUGUCCCACAUAGUAGGCCAUACAUGGUGAUUGUGGAGCAACACAUGGAGGAUGGUAAAACAAAAUACUGCGAUGGAUUCCUUCUGAAUGAGGAUUUUGUGAUGACGGCAGCCCACUGCCAAGCAAAGUCCUACACAGUCUCUCUAGGAGUUCACAACUUCCGAGACAAAAAAGAAGUACAGUGUAUAUCUGUGGAAAAAGCAUUUCCACAUAAAGACUACGAUUCUAUAAAUCUAAAAAAUGACAUGAUGCUUCUUAAGUUGAAGUCCAAGGCAAAUCUCAACAAAAAUGUGAAACCCAUUGCUCUUGCAAGCAAAGAUGAUGGCUCUCUGCCUAAAUCAUGUAUAGUCUCUGGCUGGGGAAAAAGCGACAGCAGUAACUAUAUGUCUCAAAUACUCAUGGAAGUCAAUGUAACACUCAUUGACAAUGAGCUGUGUGUCCAGAAUAAGUUGUACUGCUCUGAUGGAGACGCUGGGCCGGAGAAGGGAGACUCUGGUGGUCCAUUGGUCUGCGAGGAUGGAAAGGCGUACGGGGUGGUGUCCUUCAAAUACCAUCCAGUGGCAGAUGAACCGCCUCUAAACUGCUAUACUAAGAUACCUGAGAACAUGAGCUGGAUCAAUUUGGCCGUGAAAACUGCAUGAAAAAUACCUAAUGCAUGUAACACUUGAUUGAUCAGAGUGCAAUAUUUGAAUUUCAUUUGUAUUUCAGGUUUUUGUAUGUAUGUAACACUGCAGAACUGAAGUGCUAAAGAUUGAAAUGCUAGUAAUGCCACUGAUUCCAAGUCUGUAACUGCUUGCUUUACACAGAUUUAAUCAAAAUAUGCUUUAAUUUGAUGAUAGCUAAUGAUUCAAGCCUUUAUAUGGAAAGCUUACAGAGUAAAAAUAUAUGAUACACGUAUGUCUGCACCUCUGUUUGAACAACAAUUAAACCAACAAAAAAGACAACACUGCCUCCUUGUGAACAAAGUGUAGUGAUGCAACAACAAGAGGUUCACUGUUCAUUUGUUGAAGUCAGAGCUGAAAGUCUCUUCUUUGUUCUCAUCUAUAAACUGUAAACCUAAUCAAGUCUCUGCCUGUUGUUUAACAAGCCAGCACAUUUUAUGUCCAAUUUUGAGAUUACUUAGGCAUUACUAAAAAGGCAACAUUCCUUUACUACCAUACCAAAUGUUGGCUAAAUACAUUCUACAUGACCAGCUCAUUUAUAUUUUAUGUCAUUUGAUAUUCCAGUAACCUCUCAAACUAUCACAUGGGGGAAAAUUGUAUGUAUACCUUAAGGGGGGGUCAAGAGUUAUUUUGUACAGCAAACUGAAAUGACUUUUAAUAACUUGGAGUAAUAUUAUAAAAAUAAUACUACACUACAUGAAGUCUAUGAACAAAAAUUGGGACAGACAUUUUUAAGAAAUUUUAUAUUUAAAACAUGCAAGAUAAAGCAUGUUUAUUCAAACUGAAUAUGAUGAUAACAUGACAGAAAUAAUGAAUCAUGGUAAACUGCCAGAAUACUUGUGUUGAGGACAGAAUAAACCUGCUGCUGUGAUGUUUCUCAUUUGUACAAGUGUUACAUCAAAUUUAUAGGUUACAGAUAAAAAGAAAGAGAUUCUCUUUAGG